GUGGCCGAUUAACGAAAGUCGAGACGAUAAUGUUAUUCUGAUGAUGGUGCCGCCGUUGCAGUGCUCAUCAGUCAUCAGUGACCAAGUAGAAAAGGAGAAGAAGGCGAUAAAAACAACACAAAACACUCGAUACGACACAACAACGGGACUACGGGAGUCAAUAAUAUAAAUAAUCACAGUCAUCGUUCGUUCGUUGCUCACACGUCUUCGUGUUGCUUGUUAAAAACUCGGGCGCGCGCGAUUACAUACAUAUAUAAUUUACCAACACGUUCUCGCGCGUUAUCGUCGUAUUUAUAUAUUUUUAUGUGUACGUGCUCGCACUAUUAUUCCGUUCGGUACAUAAGUUCCUAAAUAAAACGUUGAUCUUCGGCCGGUAUAACGUGACAAUUUACGAGACCGUCGUCGGGAUAAUACUGUUUCGUUUAUAUACCCUGACAACCUCGUGAAACACCGCGUCCGCUACCGUAAGAAGUGCCGUGUCCGUCGUCGUCGAUUACCGUCGCCGCCGCCACUGCUCAACUUCAAAACAAAAUCAAAACCACUACCUAGUUACUAGUUACCUAUUACUAUAAUAUACCGUUUACUUCAACUCAAGAAAAAAAAACAAAACAAAAUAUCGCUCGUAUUAGAGCUCUUAUUGGGUAAGUCUAAUAAUUAAAAAUAGGUAGGUUGUUCCUACUGUACAGUAUUUAAUAUCAUUAACUUGCUUUCCAUUGGUAUUUUAAUUUUUACGUCGUUUAUGAAUUAUUGUUUUUUUUUUUUUAUUUUUAAUAUUUAUUAAUUUUUUCUUUUGUAGGUAAAUUUUCCUUGACCUGGUGUUAUUGUAGUUUUGUCUCAUAGUUGUUUUUUUUUUUUUAGUUGUGUUACAAUCAAUUUAUUUAAUAUAGUUAAACGCACUGGUAUUUGUACAUGUACAUAAAUACAUACUAAACAAGUUUUACCAUAGUGCUUAUUUUAGUCAUUUUAAAUUCACCAAAAUGUCUUCAGACUUUUUAGAGCUUGAUUUAGAGUAAGUUUUCGAUUGCUUUGAAUAUUAUGUCAUACAUUUGUUCAUGUUUGUACUAAUCAUUGUUUUUUGUAGGCGGCCAUCACCAAAGGACUUGUUCAAUGAUCAGUCUCCAACAUAUACCAUGGCCGAGGUAUUAAUUGACGUUAUUAUUUUUGAUCUCAUUAUCAUUUAAUCAUCAUUAAUAUUUUAUUGUUUAUUGGUUUCAGAUGAAUGAGAUUGAUACUCAAUCCAAUUUUGAUUAUGUUUUAAAUUCAUAUUAUUUACCGUAAGUUAUUUUUCAUUAUUUAAUGUAAAUCAUUUGUUUAUUAAUGCAAGGGUCAUAUGCUUCGUUGAUAAAAAUUCUACCAAAUGCAAAUAGUUAUCACUAUGUAUAGAAGAUUUAUUGAAAUUUAAAUGAAAUAUUUCUUUUUCUUUAUAAAUUACAUACACAUUAUAAUCCAAAGAUAAUUUAAUAUUUUCAGUAUUAUAAGCGAAUGAUAUUAAAUUAUAGUUAGGUAUAGUAGCUAGGAACAUACUUAAAAAAUACAAAAAUAUUUAAAGUUUACAAUUAAUAUGUUAGUAACUAUACUCCGUUUCAAAUAAGAAUACAUCCGGCGGCGGACGAUAAUCAGUCAAAACUCGUGCAGUCUACUAACAUGAUCAAUUAUAGAGCGAAUAGACUCAGCCAAGGGGGGCAGGACGUUGCUCCGAGAUACAUUUAGAUGCUCUGAGAGGUGUGUUCUUAUAUGGAACGAAGUAUAGUUACCUAUCUUAUUUUAAUAAUAAGCCCAACGUUAAUAUACAUUUUUCAGAAAUUUUAAAGGAGGUAUUAUGUAUAAUAUGUAUACAUAGGUUUUUUUAAAUGUUUGAAAUACUUAAUAAAUAGGUAAGGUUUCGCUAUUCUUGAUAAUUUAUAGUUUUUAAUCUUUUUAUAACACAGGAAUUUUAGUUUUGUAUGAUUUAAUAAAAAAAAGUUUACAUUAAACAUAUAUCAAUAAUUAAUUCAUUUUAACAUUUUUUUUAUUUUAAAUAUAUUUUAAUUUAAUGUAUACAUUUUAGAUUAUAUUUUAUUAUUAUUUAAAUUCAGUAUUCAGUAAAACACAUAUAUUAUAAUAUUUUUAUAUCAUUUACUCAAAUGUAUGAAAUCCAAAAUAGUAAUUUUUGAAUUUUAACAAAUUUUGCGUGAACAGGUAUAAUAUAAUAUACAUAAUAUACAAACUGUGUUUUGUGUAAUAUUUAAUGUGACUGUUGAAAACCUAGGAAAUUUAUCAUGUGUUAUUCAAAGUGUUCAAUAAUAUUUACUUUUAGUACCUAAAUAUAUAUAUUUUCUUUUUAGUUUCAAUUAAACUAAAUUAAAUUUUAUUUGUCAAACAUAGUCAAAUUAAUUAUAAUUAAAAAAUAUUUGUAACGUAAAACAAACUCUUUUAUUAGACAAGAAAAAUAAUGUACAAUGUGUAAUGUGGUUAGGUGAGAAUAAUUUGUUGUAAAAUAUUACAUAUUUAAAUACUUAUAAUUAAUACUAUUUUUAUACUACAAAAUAACUAUUUGGGUUUAUUAUUUAAUGACUUAUGGAUUUUUUAAACAUAUGUGGCCUUCAAAAUUUAAAGAAAAUGAUAUUCUGGUAUUAAGUGUCUUAAUUGAUCUGAUACAUCAAUUUUUGUUUAAAGUUUUGUAUAUAUAAUAAUGUUCUUCGAGUUCUUGAUUAAAAUAUCUAAGAUUUUGGGAUUUAUAUGCUGUUAUGAAUACUUUCAACCUUAAGUUAUUAAUAAUUAUUUUACAAUUUUUAUAUUUUAUUGAAAAUGUAUUUCCUAUUUUCAUGUUAUGUGGAGCUUAAAUUAUGAUUAUAAGUCUAAAUUUAAAUUCAUGAUACAUAUUAUAAUAUUUAGUAUAAAAUAAUGUAUUUAAAUGUAUGUUUUAGGGUUAACCAAUAUAAUACAGGAUUUGAACUUCUAGAUGAUUGUAAAAAUAUGAGUUUUUCAGAACUAUUUGAUCAAGAGCUAUUUAGUUCUCAUGGUAUAAAUUUAACAUCAAUAAUAAAUAUAUAAUAAUUAUUAAUAUCAAAUAUAAAAUUUCAGAAAAUAAAGACUGCCAAAUUACAAUUAAAAUUGAGAAUGAAAAUUCAUUAGACCCAUGCUAUUCUGCUGAUGAAUCGCAAGAUAUUACUGAUAAUCACAUAUUAGUGAACACCAAUGAAGAAAAUCUUUUCCCGACAAAAAGUUUUAUUCCAAAGCCAGGCAUUAAUAGGACUUUCAUUAAACCUGCUGAAAAUAGUGAUGUCACAAAUCUUUUAUACAAUCCUUUUUGUGAUACAGAUGAUUUUAGUAUUAAUAAAAUAUCGGUUAAAACAGCCACUGAAAACAGUAAACUCGAUGUCAGGAAUACUAUUCAACAAAAUAUGGCACCUGUGGUAAAACAAAUAUAUUGCCCUGUAGAUAAUUCACAAGGUAUUGGUAAUAAUCUACACUUGGAAAAGUCUGAAGACAGUGUUUUGUCCUCGUCAAAAAGUUAUACUUCUAACCAAGGCAAUAACAACAUUUCUAAAAAACCAUCUGCAAAUGAUGAUAUCAUACAAAAUUCUCUCUGUGAAACAGUGAAUUUUGGGAUUGAUAUUAUGAAUUGUGCACCUGAAAAUGUCAAUAGAUUUAUUGAACAAAAUGCUGUUCCAUUAAAAACACAAUCAAAAAAUUAUACUCAAAGUAAUUCACUUAUUAAAGAGGACAGACACAGUUUGGUAAGUGUUAAAAAAAAAGUUCCUUCAUCAUCAUCAUUAACAUUGAACAUUUUCCCUAAAAAACUAAAAAUUGAUAGAACAUCUAUAAAUAUCAUUAAAAAUGUUAAGCAACCUGUACAAAAUUCAAUUGGCGAACUAGAAAAUACAGGUAUUAAUCAUAAGUCAACAAAAGUAAGAGGACCUACUGUAAAGCGUAAACCAAAAGAUGUCAUAAAUACUAUUCAACAGAAAACUUCUAAUUCGGGGGGAAAAUCAUGUUAUUCUAAUGAUAAUUUACAAAAUUCAACUGAUAAUCAUAAUUCGGUAAAAUCUGAAUUUUUUAAAAGUUGUACUUCAAAACGUCAAAGCAAUAAAAAAAUUUCUUCAAAAGCCACUGAAAAAAGUGAUAUUAAAUAUUCUUACAACACUUUCGAUAAGCCGCAAGUUCUUGGUAAUGAUCAAAUAUCAGGAAAAAUUAAACCUCAUAUUUUAAAACGUAAACCUGUGUAUGCCAAUAAUAAGGAUCAAAAUAUUUUUGAAAUAAAAGUGAAAUCAUGUACUGACAAUUCGCAAAAUACAACCAAAAAUCAAAACUUCGAAGAAAUAUUAAAUACUUCAACACCAAAACGUCGAAGAAACAACAAAACUUUUACAAAAACAACUGAAACAAAUGAAAUUAAACAUCCGUCAUACAACUCUCUUAGUGAAACAAAAGUUUUUAGUAAUGAUCAAAUAUCUAUGAAAGUUGAACAUUGUAUUAAAGAAGAACCUCUGUACAUCAAUUUUAAUGAACAAAACAUUAAUGAAAUAGAAGUAGAAACAUUUUCUACAGAUAAUUUACAAAAUACAAUUAAUAGUCACAAUUUGGUAAAAAUAGAAGAAACAUUAAAAAGUUCUGUUCCAAAAUAUCAAGACAAUAAUAAAUCCACUAUGUUAACUAUGGAAAAAAAUAAUAUUAAACAAACCUCUUACAAUUCCUUUAGAGAACCAAAAGAUUUUGAUAAUAAUCAAAUAUCUGUGAAAGUUGAACCAUAUAUUAAAGAAGAAUCUGUUGAUAUCUAUAAUAAUAUUGAACAAUAUUUCGGUGAAAUAGUUACAGAAAAUCAUCAUAAUGUAGAUGAAGCAAAGCAUGAUGUUAGUUCAAAUUAUAUCUAUGAUACUAAUUUAAAUUAUACAAAUAUUAAAACCCAAGAAUUUGGUGUUAUAAAAAAAGAGAACAUAGUUCCUAUUACAGCUUGCUUAAAAAAUAAUGAAAGCAGUUCUCAGACUUGUGUGAUUAAAAGUGAACCAAAUUUAGAAACUGAAAAAAAGAAAAUUUCAUGGGAAGAGUUUAGAGCUAAAAGAGCAAAAAUAGGUUUUAUGAACACUCCAGGUAAAAUUUGAUUAAAUUAAUAUGUAUAUAAUUUCAUAACUUAAAAAAUAUUGUACAUUUUUGUAGAAAAUGAUGAGAAAUUUUCUGAUAUAUAUGAUGGGAAAACUGAAGCCAUAAUAAAGGAGUUUAACCGGACUACAGCUGAACACUUUGAUGGUCAAAUAAGAAAACUUGAAGUUAAAGAAGGACAGAAUCCUAUUAAUUCUAAAGAUAAUAGCAGUGAAGAAGAUGAAGAAUUGCAAAAAAAGCGAAUGAAAAUUGAGUACAUUAAAAAACUUCUACCAUCUUCUUUUGGUAAAUUCAAUAUAAUUUUGUGAUGCAUACUAUUAUUUUAAUGUAAUUUAAUAAUUAUAUUUUAAAUUAUUUUCUUUUUUUAGCAUCGGAAAUUGCAAAAACCUCAAGUUUGAUGAAGGGUAGCUCACAAGAAAACAUAGGUAAUAUUAUAAUAUUAUGUAAAUAUUUUAGGAUUAUUUGGAAUACCAUUUUUUUAUAUUAGGGAAUUUUUGUUCUAUUCAGUUGGGAAUUGAUUAGCCAGGAAAAUUUUCAAAUAACAUAAAUCCCCAUUUAUAUUCUCUACAUAAAAAAAAAAAAAAUUGUUUACUUCUAAUAAAAUUGUAUAUAAUUAGAUAAUAUUUAUAGUUAAUAGUCUUUAGUGUGAUUCUAAGGAUUUUAAGUGAGUUACUUUUUUUUUUUUUAACCAUUAUGAAAUUGUUUAAGCUUUAUCACAACACUAUUUUCAAUUAAUUCCUUAUUCCAUGUCUCUAAAAUGAGUAUACAUUCUAGGUUUUUAAAAAACAGUUUAACUGGAGAAGUAGACAAGGAGUGUGCAAUUAUUGUUUAAAAAUUUACCACCCUUAAUUGUUCCUCUGGUCUAAAUUUUGAACUGUUUUUUUAGAAAAAUAUCUUCUUUUCAAUCUGUAUUAAUCAUUAACAGUAAAUACAAAAUUAGUUAAACACAUUAAAAUUGUUAGAAUAAUAUUCUUUAUUUAAAUGUGAUUAAAAUAGAAGUUCCUAAUUAAAAAUAGUUUUUAAAUAAAUUUUUAAUCAAUUCUAUAAUAGUUGAAAAAAAAUUAUAGAAUUCAAAUUCACUUAAAAUCCUCCAGGAAAAAUUGCUGGUUCAUAAUAAGUGGAUCACUAUAGAACUAGGAAAGUAUUGCUUUAAUAUUUAAAUUCUGUGUAUGAGUAUAAAAUACCCUUAGAUAAUUAUUAUUAUUAAUUAAACAUGUUUUUGUUUAGUAUUGAGAUUAAAUAUUUUGAAAAAUUGACAAUAUUUUUCUGUAGUUAUAAAAUUGGAAUACUUUAAUGUCAACAUGUCUUUAAAAGUUCUAACUAACAAAUGUAUUAAUUACUAAAAUAGAAAAUUUCGAGAUUAUAUUUUUUUAUCAAAUCAAAUUUUGGUAAUACCAAGUUUACCGGUAUUAUUAUUAUAUCAAAGAAAUAUUUUAUUUUUUUACAGAGAAUGAAAAUACUUUAAGUGAUUCGAACAUGUCUAACGACAAAACCCAAGGAAAAUACAUACAUGAAGAGUAUUUAAAAAAAGAUGAUAAGUCUCAAAAAAAAGGUCAUCAGACCAGAGUCCAUACGUCUCAUCGCAUUUCGUCAUCGAGGUUAGAAUAAUUUUACAUACACAAUGAGUAUAAUAGAUAUUGAUAUUUAAUUUAAUUUUAAGAGCUGACUAUUGUAAUAAAACUAAUCGAUCAUCAAACUCUGAUGAUUAUUAUAAUCGCAACAGAAUUGAUAGUCCACGUGAAGGUGGGCCAUAUGGUCAAAAUAUACGAAAUAAUGGUCCAAGGUAAUACAAAUUUAAAAUUGUAGAAUUAUUUCAUUAUGAAGUAUAUGUGUCAUACAUUUUGUUACUGUAAAUUACAAAAACAUAGGUUGAAAGAACAGAAAAGAGUGGUUUAUGUUGGGCAGAUACCUAUCAAAUUUGGAAAGCGUUAUCUAUACAAUCGUUUUAAGGAAUUUGGUGUAAUACAAUGUCUUACACUACAUAGAAAACCUGAGUAUAAAUACUACUUUAUUUUUAUAUUGUUUGUAAUUAACUUCAUACAAAAUAUUAUUUCUGUUUAGCUUCCGUGUUUAUUAUGCAUUUGUUACAUAUUCCGAAAGAUCAGAAGCUGAACGUGCUAUAAAUCAUGGAAAUGAUGAUGCUAAUCAAGUCCAGUUGGAUAUUAGAUUUGGUGAACGGAAACAAACUCAAACUCCAUAUUACGAUUUAGGUAAUUAACACAUUUAAAAUGAUAUAAUUAAAAUUAAAAUUAGCUUCAAAAUAGAGAUAAUCAUUAAAUUAUUUAGACGAUGAAUGGUUAACUGAUUGGUACACAUACGCAAGCAAGUUGGCAGCUGUGAGGUCACCUAUUCCUGGAAAUGCUGAACACUCUUUUGAAGAAGAAUUGAAAGAAUUCUACAACCUAGCUCAAAUGAAAAAAUUAAAUGAAAUUAAGUCAUCCUCUCAAGUCUCUUGACAUAAGUUUUUAUUUUAUUUCAUCUUAUUAGUGUUGAAAUAAAAAUGAAAUACACCAUUGUUAUCAUUUUUUUUUCUCUUUUUAAGUUUUUUUUUUAUUUAAUAAAGUAUAAACCUUUUAAAAAUAAUCUUAUUACACAUAAUAUUAAAGUGUACGAUUAAAAAUGAUUUGGUUAAUUAAGUUGUUUUUAUUUCUUGUUCAUCUUUAACAAUUUUAGCCACUUUUCUAUAUUCUAUUGUAUUUGUUUUUGUACACUGCAUUUCAGUCCAACUUAUUGGAACCAUUGAGUAACCUGAAAAUUAAAUAAUAAGUAAAAUAAGUUACAAAAUUAGAAUAAAUAUUCUAAUAGAUUUUACCAUAUUCACUGCAUGCUAUAACUACACCAAGUUCAUUUUCAGCAGUUGUCAAUUUAAAGGUAUGAGCUUCAGUCAUUGGCAACUGAAAAAUCAAAAGU